CCUCUUCUCAGUUUCACUGAAAGCGUGAUAUAUUUUUCUACAUUGAAACCACCCCGUCGCACCCGUCUCCUCCCAAAUUCUCCAUCCGCCCACAACCCAGCAUGUCUUCGGCAUGCACAAUGAGAUCACUUCCUCUCGCCGAGCGAGCAGUUUGCAGACGAUGUCUCUACCGGAACGCAAUCACCGGCCUACGAUGGAGCUCUACAUCGUCCACAACUCCUUCUGCAUCACCACUCCUAGCCAAACUGAAGAAUGACCUCAAGUCCGCGAUGCGAGCCAAAGACACCGCAAGGUUAAACGUCAUCCGGGGCACCAUAUCAGAGAUCAACCGAGCGGCCAGCGGGUCGAACCCCAUCAACACGGAUAUGCAGGUCCUAGCACUGCUGCGCAAGCGCAAAGGAGCGUCCGAGCAAGCAAAGAAAGAGGCCGAAGAUGCGAAAAGAGACGACCUGGCCGAGAAAGAAGCCAAAGAGAUCGUUGUCCUCGACGAACUGACGUCCAGUGUGCAACUGAUGACGCCUGUGGAAAUGAGAAAGAUCGUACGAGCAAGACUAGAGUCACUGAGAUCGUCCACGUCUGGCGAACUAAAGCCUGGACCAGUUCUGAAAGAGUUGCUCAAGCCUGGGGGAGAUCUGGCCGAUGAGCCGCUUGACAAGAAGGUGUUGGCUGAACUUGUCCGGGAAGAACUGCUCAGCAACCACGGUAAUACUACAUCGUGAUUUGGCAACGCCAUUUUUUGUAAGCUGCUCCAUCUUCCGGGAGGCGCGCUCCGGUGAAGAACGUGUGAGAUAUUAUAUGAGG